CGGUUGGGCGGGUGUGGGCGGGCGCGGCCGGGCGCCGUUGCCCGCCGGGGGUGCCUCCGCGGCCGUUCGCGAGGGCGGUGGGGCCGUGCCGGUGCCGCCCGGGAGGCGGGGCGGGGCGGGGCGGGGCGGGCGCCGCCGCUGAGUGGCCUGGGCCGCGCUAGGCCCGCGGGAGGGCCUGAGGCAAGAACCUGUGCAGAGGGACGCGGGGGAAGAUUGCGGGGGGCGCGGCGGUGUGGAGCUGAACGUUGGAAGGGAUGUGUCCCCCUAAAACAUCGCCCUUCUGUGACACGUCUACAAGUUUAAAAGACACCGUGACUUUCUGUAACGCUGUGAUCUCUUCAGUUGUCACUUGGCUUUCUGUAUGUGUUACAUGUUGCCUUUAAAAAUCCUGUCGCACUCCUUCAGCUCAGUUUCACCUGUUUGUAUUGGUUGUUUACUGAGCAAAGUGCAGGGAGGAAAAACCAAGUUGCAUUGUAAACUUUACGUCAUGGCACACAAGAUGAAGUAGAAAACCUGAAACUGACUUGACUGGGGUUAAAUUUGAAGCUGGUAGUACAGCUCUGAGACCUGUCUACGUGGAAUCACGCUGGGUUUGUUUGCACUGGUAGUCAGGGCAAUAACCUGUUUUUCUUCUCAAGUGAGCAAGUGCAUUUUCGUAUGUUAUUCUUUAUGGUCAGUGUCUUGCUAGGUGUAAACCAGCCUUCCAUUUGAGUUGUGUGUCACUCCUGCAAUAUCCUUGUAGCAUAGAAGAUUACAAGGCUUGCCUUGUACCCUCCAGCAUGCCUGAGUUUUUUUUAAGGGGAUCUUGACAUCAGCACUUUGUUUUUGUGAACAGUUGGUCUGAAGUUGGUGGAACACUCCUUGCACGUUUUUCAGCUGAGGUAGAAGGAACGGUGUAUUCAUGUUAAUUAUAAGGAACUGUUUGUUCACUUGUUCUUAGUGUUUCUGAAAUGAACAAUUGACUUUAUGGUUGGUAGUGAACAACACAGUGCCAGAUGGAAGCUGGCGAGAGAGACAGGAGCUACUGAACGAAGGUUCUGACUAGAAUUGUUUCAUUGUCAGAUGAAUCAGCUGUUAACACAUUGUGUCUUAGGUUGUGAUCCCUUGAAAGCUAAACUUGAGAGGGUUGGGAAAAGAGGGCCUUGUUACAGUAUCAGGGCCUUGAUGUGCAACUACUCCUUUUUAUUUUUUCUCUUAAUGUUUUUAAACAGGUUAUAUUUAGAAGAGAGAAAGUUUCUGCUGUCUACUUCUAUGGUGUCCAAGCUCAUCUGUUGAUACUUCCUUUGUAACUCCAUGGUAAAGCAGCUUCUGAGAGUAUCAGUUCGGUUACCACAUUAUCUGGAUCCGGAGGUCAUUUUUUAAGAAAAUGUGGACUGCUAAAAAUCUUUUCCGGGCUCAAAUACUGUUGCUUCGGUUGAAAGAAUGCAGAUUGCGUAGUUGCACGUUUCCAAAAACUCAGCAGUUCUGGACUGGAAUUCUAAACUAUUGCACCAUAAGAGUGCCAUGUAACAGAGUUAAAUUCCAGGUUUCCAAGAUAAAUGAUAAACGAUCAGUAGCAGAUACAAGAAUAUCUACUAAUGCAGAGAGAACUAAAAUAACUGCUGGAAAAAGUCCCAGUGGUGAAUGUGAUGGAAGCCAACAUUCAUUAGAAGCAAAAAUGAAACAUAUCAAUCUGUCAUUUGCAGCAUGUGGGUUUCUGGGUAUUUACCACUUGGGGGCAGCAGCUGCUUUUUACAGGCAUGGUAAGAAGUUACUGAAAGUUGUGAAAGCUUUUGCGGGAGCUUCUGCAGGAUCACUGGCUGCCACUGUCUUAUUAGCAGUACCAGAAAAUAUAGAGAAAUGUAAGCAGUUUGCCUAUGGAUUUGCAGAGGAAGUUAGAAAAUUGGACUUCGGUGCUGUAACGCCUGGUUAUGAUUUUAUGAAAACACUUAGGGAAGGCAUAGAGUCUGUUCUUCCUUCCAAUGCUCAUGAGAUAGCUGAGAACCGGCUCUAUGUGUCAGUCACUAACACCAAAAAUGGGGAAAAUCACUUGAUUUCAAGUUUUGCAUCCAGGGAGGACCUCAUUAAGGUCCUGCUAGCAAGUAGUUUUGUACCAGUAUAUGCAGGUAUUAAGCCAGUGGAAUAUAAAGGAGAGAAGUGGGUUGAUGGUGGCCUUACCAAUGGCCUUCCUAUCUUGCCUGUUGGAAGAACUGUGACGAUUUCUCCUUUCAGCGGUCGAUUAGAUAUCUGUCCACAAGAUAAAGGACGUGUGGAUCUUUAUGUUAAAUUUGCAAAACAAGAUAUAAUGCUUCUUGCUCUGUUGCAGCUGUCUCUGGCCAACCUAGUAAGACUUAAUCAAGCUUUGUUCCCACCAAACCAAGAGAAAAUGGAAUCAUUGUGCCAAAAUGGAUUUGAUGAUGCUGUACAGUUUUUACUGAAAGAAAACUGGUUUGAAUAGGUGAUACAUAGAACGUUAACAGAACCUGCUGGCUGUCAAAACACAGCUAUGGGCAUCCUAAAGAAUCCGAGGGAUUGCUGUCCCAAUUCCAGUUUAUGGAAAUAAAAAUCCCAAUGGAACUGCAUCAGCUUCUGCUGAGAAAGUAUCAGUUGCACUCCGAAGACCUGUAGAAACAUGUCAGAAUGGGAAUAGUACUUGCCCAGUAGUCGUCUUGUUUUGAGGAGGUUCAAGCUUAGAUCCAUUUUGCUUCAGCUGAGGACUUGAGUGUGGGAUUUGUAAAAAGCUUGUGUUGUCAUAAUUGCAGAACUUCAGAAAAGUCUUUUUUGAUGUUAUUUGAGAGACAAAUCAAGGGUGUACCAUGAAAAAUUACAAUCUGUAUGUUCACUAAAUGUAAUAGUUGUGUGUGCUAACUGGAUGCUUGCAAUAUUACUGAUCUAGUACUUACCUUGCAGUGUUUGAAAGGACUUGAACACUUAUCACUAGCCACAAGAAAUAAAGCAUUUGCACUCUUUUACUCUAGUAUGUGUAUUUUUAACAUUAAAAGUUCUUGCUUUUUUCAGUGAAUGUGGUCUCUUAAAAUUUGAAAUACUAGUUGAAAUUCAUAAAACUGUGAUAUUUGAACUUAAACCCUUCUUUACAAGAUAUUUUUAAGAAAUUGUUACAUUUAUUAUGUUUUCUUCCUCUCCUAAAAUUGAAUAAAUAUAUUUUCUUGAAA